CGGUGCUGUAGAAGUUUUUAUAGCGAUCACGUCGAGACGCCAAUCUGUGAAUAGCCGAAGUGUUCCGACUAUGACCGAUACUACCCGAAUCGCGCAACGCGCUCGAAAGUGAAACGACAAAGUUAUGAUAUUUUGCCGGUUUACUGUGGUUUAAUUCAUUACAUUACCGACAAUAUGAAGCUAGUAAGAUUCCUGAUGAAGCUCAGUCAUGAGACAGUGACGAUAGAGCUGAAAAAUGGUACCCAAGUACAAGGAACAAUUACAGGUGUUGAUGUAGCAAUGAACACACAUCUAAAGACCGUCAAAAUGACAAUAAAGAAUAGGGAUCCAGUACAAUUGGAUACCUUAAGUUUGAGAGGAAAUAAUAUUCGAUACUACAUUUUACCUGAACCACUGCCAUUAGAAACAUUGCUUAUCGAUGACACACCAAAAGCUAAAGCCAAAAAGAAGGAAGCCGCGCGUGGUGCUGCAAGAGGAAGAGGUCGCGGAGGUCGUGGCGCUCGAGGCGGUCGCGGAGGACGUGGACGAGGGCGAGGUCGUCGAUAGUUGCUUAAAAAAUCCAGGCGAUUAAGAAACUCACUUACUCUACAAGGUAUUCACCAUGUCAAUUCCCUUCGACACAUUUUGGUGAUGCAAAUGAACUUUUCAAUUACGUCAAAUCAACAAUCAAUCCAAUUUAGCUUAAGAAAUACGAUAAAAUACGUACCUCACCAAUACUAAUAAUAA